AUGGGUCUUGCAGAAAGCCCAUCACCCGUGGUCCAAGGCCCAACAUCUUGUGAAAUUGUAGAAAAGUCAUGGAAGAAGAGACUGUUGUUGAAAGAUGCUAGAAGAUCUUUUACAUCUAUCUUUAUGAAUAUAGCUGCAGCAUGUUUCUUGUACAUGGAAAUGACUUUCAGCAUUGUGGCAGGAGGUUUGGACAUAAAUAGCAGUUUUCUGUGGUACAUUGAGUUCAUCGUGGUUUUGGUAUUCAUGCUAAAUAUAGCCUUUGACGUGUUCAAAUAUAUAUCGUAUUAUGUGUUCAGUCGACAAGUGGAAGUUACACGGGUUCAGAAACAGCUUCUUGGUGUACGAGAUAAUGAUCCUGGAUUUACGCUGUCUCCAGUGAGGCCUCUGUUAUCACCAGGUAGCGAGCAUAGUCUAGUUUUCUCGAGCUCCCCAUCAAGCCAGACAGCUUACUCCCCAACAUCUAGCCCCUGGAGCAGCAUGGGUCAUGUGACACCUACUAAUUUGGGUUCCUUUACGGGGGCACAGAGUUAUGCAAGUCCAGGUGCAUCAUUUUUGUCAACAUCAGGUGGCCACUAUUCAUCAUUUGACAGGAGUGCAAGUUUUUCACACAGCAAUAUGUCGGGAUAUUCGUCAGGUGCCUCAAUGUCACACAGUUUACCAUACUCUCCGGGAAUGUCCAUGUCAAGUCUGGACUGCAGUGGUCUCCGGUCUCGUCUCUCCCUGUCCUCGUCAUUCAGGUCUCCAUCUCCUUCAGACAAGAUGACAGACCUACAGUCAUUGUCCAUGUAUCUUAAAGAGCAGGAUGAAAAAGAAUACAGAGCACAUCUCAGUUCUCAGGAUAUGUCUUUAAACGGUUCCUCAUUCUGGAGUUACGGUCGACCAAGUAUUGAUUACAGUCAUAUACUGAGAAAAAACCAGUACCAGUUAGCUAGCAGAUCACCUCAGUAUCACAAGUCGGGGGCAGAUGAUAAUGACAAUAUGGGAGAAGAGGUGUGGAGACCACUGGGUGUUACUGAUGAUAAUUUAUUCCUCUGGAUUGAAAGGCUUAGAAAGUGGCUUGGUAACACAAUAAUGGUGAAAUUGGCACGUGAAAUAGACAAUGUAAAUUCACAACUUAGAAAGAUUGGAUCUGAAGAUACUGAAAUUGGUGAGGUUGGAGUGUCAAUACUGAAACAGCUAGCUUUAACAAAGGGUAGUUAUGUACCUACACUGAAUGUGCUGGUUCCAUACCUGGACUUCACUUCUUAUCAAGAAUAUCUAGUCAAGAGAAUCAAAGAGUUGGGUAGUGACGGGUGUCUCAGUGAGUAUUCUUGGUGCAGCGGAGGUUCAGGUGGUCAGUAUGGCAAAGCCUGGGGUGAACAUCUACCUACAGAUGCUGGGUUGGUGAUGCAUAUGCUAUGUUGUUACCUGGAUUCUAGGCUACCACCUGACCUCAAAUAUCCCGAUGGUAAAACUUUCACAUGUCAGCAUUUCAUCAAAACACCAGAUACGCCAGAUUUGGAAAAGGACAACCUGUUACUGUAUCAGAGCAGCAUUAAUCCACCACAUUUCCAAGUUGUCAUUAAAGAUACUUUACACAAUCUACCCAAGGGGCGGAAUAAUCUUUUCCAUGCCAUACUGUUUUUCCUGCAUCAUAUAAAACACACAGAAAAUGGAAUGCUUGGGAGAGUCAACCUUGGAAUGUCGGGAGUGAAUAUACUGCGGGUGAUCGAUAACUGAAAGAGAAAUUGUAUGAUUGCAUAUGAGAUUUUACAGUGCCUUGAUAGAGAACAAAACGCAUCGGGAGUGGGUGGGGGAUCUUCAGUGCUGUAGAUUACUAAACAGUGUCACUUUGAUCUGCUACAAGUUAUAUCAGGAGUACCUUACAAGUGAAUAUACGGUGUGAAAUAGAUACCAUAGUGAAAGU